CUCGCCACCGUCUCCCGUCGCCAACUCCAGCGCUCCCCUCUCUUCUUUCCAUUUCCGUUCCUCCCAGCCCCCGAUCCCUAAACCCUACCUACCCCAAACCCUCGGCGGCGGCGGCGGCGGAAGGGACUGUUGGGUUUCCUUGUAUCCUCCGGCAUCGUCAUGGGGUGCUUCCUCUCCUGCUUCCGCGGCGGCUCCGAUCCGUCCGGCGAUCUCCGCGACCCGCUCGUGAGGGAGAGCCGCCUCGGGGACGCCUUCCUGAACGACGAGAAAAAGUUUGAUGAAGCUACUGGAAAGCCGGAUGCGGUGGCGGCUUAUGGCCAUGGAGUUGACGAGGAGCUUCGGAGAGAGGCCAAUUAUCUCAAGUCAUGUGGCACAAUCUCACAAACGCCACCGGAAAUUCUAGAUUCAGUCCCAAUCAAUUCAGAAGAUGCUGAUGAGGCCAAUUAUCUCAAAUCAUGUGGCACAAUAUCCCAAACUCGACCGGAGAUUCUAGAUUCAAUCCAAGUCAAUUCAGAAGAUGCUAAGGAGUGCGGUGACACACCAACCAACGUGCAGCUGAUGAAAGAUGCAGUGCUACUUGAAGAAAACUCAUCUGAAUUGCUCAACUCUGGUGAGCAUGAUGUAUCGACAUGUAAGGAGGACAUUGAUGAAGGUACUCUCGGGGUGGGAUCAGAAACUCAGUCAUCCUUACAGGACAAGCCUUUAUAUCAGAAUGUUAGAGAUCAAAGCACUGAUUCCAAUGAUUCACCUUACCCAACCCCUCUGGUCCUAAGGGGUGACAUUCAGACCCCUGGAACUAUUUAUACUGCUUAUAAGGAGACUUCGAAGCCUGGAAAGCGUACAAGGGCUAGCAGACAGUUCAUCUACCCUGUUCUGCGACCCAUCGAGAACAAGAUGCAGUGGAUGGAACUAAAAGCUGAGUCUCCUGUGCUAGCAUCCAAUCCUCCAAAAAGGAGAAAUCUGAGCGCAGAUUACAGCGAGAAGGCUCAGCAAACGUUUACAAGUUCCACAGUUACAGAGACCGAAUCUUCAGAAUAUGUAUCCUUCCCAAUUCAUGACAACUGUGCAGUGCAGAUUGAAGUGAUGUCACCUGAUGAACCCAAAGACCAAAAUAUCAACCAACAGCAGGAUGAAGGUGAACACCUAUUGGAGCAGAGUUCAGAAUAUGGAAAGCGUGGAGUCACAAGCCUGUCUCAUUGGCUGAAGCCAUCUUCUGCAGAUGAUGAGAGCAAGUGCAGCCCUGAUGAUGGCAACGUUGGGAAGGAGACAUGGUAUGAGACGAGCGUCUCUGAUGUGCCUAUCUUUCCUGCAUUUGGUUUCAACUGGGAAACCGACAACCCAACUCCUGUGUUGCCCAAGGCAUGGGACGGCAACGGCAUCCCAAAUACCACUACCAAAUACAAAGAGGACCAGAAAGUCAGCUGGCAUGCCACGCCAUUUGAAGAAAGGCUGUUGAAGGUUUUGUCCGACGAGAAACCUCGCCAUGAAAGGAAAAUCAGCGGAAAGCUUAUCCACCUCGAGGAAAACGCCGAGUAGAGAUGGCCUUGCAAGCUUGGAGACGCCCUGGCCGUCCUCGGCAUCAUGAACCGUCUGAGAAUGGUCCAGUCCAGGUGUUUGCCAACUCACCAUAUGAACUCCCCUCCCGGUACCGUCCGUGCCCGUUUUUUCAACCGCAUGCCGUCUGUAAAUAGAGUUUUUUUGAGUGCCUGAUGAAACACAUUCUUUCGAACUCCAUCCUGCGCCGCUGCGUAAAUCUGGGACCAGCCAGCCCUUGGCUGUCAACCGCGUGUAGUUUUGCCCGUCGAUGAACUGGUUUGCUCUGUUGUUGCGGGGGGACCCAAAAACGGUGAAUUAUACUGUGCAUUGUGACAACAUCAGCUCUGGAUUGGCGUGUGUGUGUGUGGAGGUGUGGUGUCAUCAUCAUCAGUAAUAAAAGACAAGAAGAGUACUACUCAAAGACAAGCUUGUGGUGCGGUUUUCUUGAGAAA